AUGACAAUCCAGCAAGUUUCAAUCCGUGCUCUUCCAAACUUCUACCCAGACACACAAGAUGUUUACACUGUAACUGUCACAGGAUUUGAAAGAUACUUCCGUGGUGCUACGAAAAUCAAAACCGUUGUAACCAAGGAUGCUGCAACAGUUGAUCACUGGAUUCAACAGAUUUACAGUGAUUACAAAGACUCUCUAGAUUGUUGUGCCAAAAACGAAAAUUCAUGGGCUCGUCAUCGUUUCAUCGUUGCUCUUGAUGUUGAAUGGAAACCUGCUGCUCAUGAUAAUCAAGCUCCGAUUGCAAUACUAAAACUCUGUGUUGGUUCUAGGUGGUACUCCGCUAGAUGUUUGGUUUUUCAGAUCUCGCGUUGUUAUCAACUCCCCAAAUCUCUUCAUAGGUUUCUUGAAGAUGAUAAUCUUGGAUUUGUUGGACUUGAUAUUGAAUCUGUUGCUCGUAAACUUGAGACAGAGUUUAAUCUUGAUGUUAAGAGAGCUGUUGAUCUUAAAGAUUUGGUUGCUGAGAACUAUCCUCAGAAGAAGAAGGAAGUUAAGACACUUGAUUUGAUGGGAUUGGCUAAAAUGGUUUUCCGUUCUAAAGAAAUUGAGAGACCUAGAGAUGUUAUUGUGAGCAAUUGGAAUCAGAAAUACCUUACUCAACCACAGAUUAUGUAUGCUGUUGUUGAUGCUUAUGUUACUUUCAAGAUUGGUGAUGAACUCAAUUACACUCAUCAAUACAGUACUCCCAGUGUUUUGGAUUGA